GCUCUCCUCCAUUCCCUCCGUCACACGCUUCCAUGUCCCUCGCCGCUACCCUAUCUCUUCACUUCCCCUCGAGCAAUCACCACUCAUUCCUCGAUCUUGCAGUCGGCGCGAAAAUGGCUGCUUGAAAGAUAGGUCACGCGACGAUGGCGGGGCCUUGCAGACUGCGGCAUUGCGUCUACAACCAGAUUCAUUGAGCCACGAGAAAGAGCGUGCGAGUGCGAAAGUGUCGAUAUCAGCUCAUUCACUUCGACGUGGACGCGACAAGCGUCCCAGGGAUCACACCGGAAAGAGCCCUUCCAGCUGAUUCGGAUCUCACACGAGGAGGCCGAAGCUGCUUACUAUGGGCAAGCAUCGGAAAGCGGUGCCCUCUGUGGCAUCCAGCGCCAUAUCAUCCGCCAUCUCUUCGCGUAUGACAUCCGCAGCUCCAUCCCGAGCUUCUUCGCCACGCCCGGCGAUCAAGCCGUUCCGCUUCUUCGAUCUGCCAGCCGAGCUGCGGAUCCGAGUCUAUGAGCAGUUGCUGUGCACCAGAAAGCCAUUGGAUCUUGACCCUAGCAAUUACCGUCUCGUCCACCCACGACUCUCGAUCUUCCUCGUCUCACGCCGCAUGUACGAAGAAGCUUACCAGAUCUUCUACGGCCAGACGAUCCGCCUCUUCCCACAUCCAUACCACGGCAAGUUCUUCAACACGAAGAAGCCGCUACUUCAGCGAUUGCCAGUGAAGUACCGGGAGGUCAUCACGAGCAUCGAGCUCCUGUUAGGACCUGGCUGGCACAAGCCGCCGCGCUGCCAUAAUGUGCUCCCGGCACUUGGAUUACGCGAUUGCAUCAGCCUACGAACCUUGAAGAUCUGGGUGGAUUGCGACCCUACUGAUAGCAUUUUCAAUGGCUUCCGCGGCCCGAACGCGACCGAGGAUACAUAUGUCUGGUUCUGCGUGGACAUGCUACACGGCAUUCUCGAGCAGGUCCCUAGUAUGGAGACUGUUCAGAUUGAUCACGAUGAGCGAGUCAAGAAGCAGUCGCCAUUGACGGCAGCUCUAAAGAGAAAGGUGGAAGAGUUUCACAAGAGAUUCGGUUGGGGACCUUGCAGAAAUGCGAUCAAGGACAAAGAUGUGGUUGAUAUACCAGGGCUGGAGAAGGCUAUGGCGAGUAUGGGCAUCUCCAAUGUCAACGAACCACCAAGAGUUGUUGAGAUCCUGGCAUAGGAUGGCGAGUACAUGGCGUACGGCGUCAAAUAUUGAGGACUUCGGGUCUGACUUGUGAUGGGCAUGGUUCGUGGUUGUGCACGUGAAGCUAGGAUACACACUUUCACUGCAGCCACACUCUUCCGGCUGCAUUAUGGGAACUGUGCGAUCGUCGCACACCACUAUUGAGCUGUUUCUGCUUGCAAAAGUCGCUGACACGAUCGCCCAUUGACCACACAACAUCAUGUCCGUCUCCUGGGGAACAUUUGUCUGCCGUUCCACGUUGUAUCUCUUCAGGUCGGCUUUCUUACAAUCAGUGAACAUUGAUUAGCCGAGGCAUUCCAAGCCGGCGAUAGGCGGCGAUUAGCCUGGCAUUAGCCACA